GAAAAUUUCAAUAUUAAUAUAAUGAUUUCUGCCACAAAUUUAAUCUUUCAAUUAAUCCUUUUUUGUUGUCUUUCUCUAUUUUUAAUUUGUGAUGAUUUAUUUUUGAAGGAUUUGGAAGAAUUCAAUUUUUGUCAAAAUCUGCCACAUUCAAAUUAUUUGUCUACCGAGGAUUUGAGAAAUGCUUGUAAUAGACGAAACCAAUGGCUUAGAGACAAAAACAACGAGGAAAUUAGCAACAAUAAAUUAUCAAAACACCCAACAGCUUCUCAAAAAGCGUAUUUUGAAUGGUUAGAAUCUACUAGAAAAAAUUUGAAAAAGAAAAUUAAUUUGCCUGAAUUUGAAACUGAAAAUUUUGUUAAGAGGUCAAAAAGACGAGAUCAAUUACUGCCAGCAUUUUCACUUAAGGAAGAAGAAGAAUCUGAAAGAUAUUUGAGGGAAGACCAGAGAAAAUACAGAAGAGGAAAAAAAUUUAUAAGAAAAGAGUAUAGAAUGGUUGGUAUAUUUUUUUAAUUUUGUGGAACUUUUAGGGACCUUCUGGGGCCGUUAAAAUUAUUUUUUAUAAGGGAUGGGGGUAUUUUAGAUGGAGGGUUAUCUCUUAGAAACUCUCCGCCAGUGCUGGAUAUGGCUCCAAAAGCUAGCCGACAAAUGCCCAAUACCCAGCACUGCUCUCAGCCCUUGUAAGUAGUCAGUAGAGAUGGUCCGAGUUUUCAGAAUCUUUUAUGGUGGGGUUUCGGGUCAAAACUGUCCUGGUUUGGGGUCUAUAUGGUUACUCGACCCUUCCAUCUAGAUGUCAGCUAAACUUUAAAAACCAAAUUUAUGGUGGAGGGGGUAUUUAUGG